AUGCUCGACGACGCCAAGAUCCGGUCGCCGACAUCCUCGGACCCGCUCCUCGACGGCGGCGAGCGCGGCUCAGACCACGACACGCUCGAGCUGGAGGAGCUCGGUGAGCUGCCGAGGUGGGCUUCUCCCCCGGCUGUCGGCCUCCCGAGGAAUGGACGAUGCCGCAUCUUCGAGCGGGUCGCUCUCGUGGUCCUCGCCGUCCUCGUCCUCGUCGUCAUCCUCGAACCGAGCCUACCUUCUGCCGCCACCGCCAACGUCAAGACGUUCCUCGGCAUCCACCCGCAGGACGACGAUUGCGACGCCUACGCGCUACCAGGCGUGCUGCGCUUCGACUACGAGAACCGGUCGGCCAACUUCUGGGAGCCCGCACUCUCGCAGUGCAGGCCGCGCGACUACAUGACGGCCCUCGCGUCCGAUCGAGAUGCCGAUCACGAGCUCGACUUCCUGCGAGGACGCGUCGUCGUCUUCUUCGGCGACUCGGUUGACCGAUUCGCCCUCAAGCACUUCUGCGACUUCUGCGCCGGCGAGCUCGAGACGAUCGGCAAGGACCACCCGUUGAUGCCGCCGCUGCCUCUCGGACGGGAACACGCUCCUCCAGGGUACGUCUCGCACCGCAACACGACCGACUGGCCUGCGUCCGAGAUGGGCGUCCCGCACGUGUGCCGCGUCGAGCGGCAUGAUUUCCACCUCGUCAACGUCUUCCAGUUCGGCCUCUUUCCCGAGGACGAGGCCUUGACGAGGCACCAUCACUUCCUGCCUCCCGGUGACUUUGAGGGUCGCUUCGACACGUUCGUCGUGCCCCUCCUCGAGAACCUCGCCGAGCGCCGCCGAGCCGACCGAGCUGCCGCCCUCGCCGCCCCGACGUCCGUCUCGCCCGCAUCGUCCUACCCGAUAUCGGCCGCGCCAGACCUGUUCAUCACGACGGCGACGUUCUGGAACUUGAUGAGGCGGCCAGACGAGCUUCCCCUCCCGACGGGGAGCUGGGCGCAUGACCUCGGCGCGUGGGCGCCGCCGACGCGCGAGCGGCAAGACUGGUGGGAGGUGCGAGUGCAGGAGGCAGUGGAGCACGUGGCACGUCGCCUGCACACGGUCUAUGGCGAGAACAAGUGGCCCGUCAUGAAGGUCCGUGCGCAAGACGACGUCGCCGUCCGGGUCGUCGAGCUGCUUCAGCAAGAGUCGGCCGCCGCCGAGACGGGCACGAGGUGGUCGCGAUGGACCGAGGACGUCGUCCCGACACUCGGCGCGUCGUGGCGCAGCAACCGCACGUGCGACGAGGUGCGCGAGCUCGCGCUCGGCGAGCGGAUCAAGGUGCUUGAGUGGGGCAAGGUCUUCGACGGGCAGCAGUUUCACGGCACCGUCGACGGCGUACACCCUCUCCCGCUCCCAGGCAACUGGGUGUACAGCAACAUGUGGCUCGACGUCCUGCGGCGCCAUGUCGAGCAGCAAUGCUAG